CGAGAGAAUUAAGCUGUCGUCUUGUGAGUGCAUGUCCUUGCGCGAGAAGCGAAGUAGGCGCGUGAGCUCAGCAACUGAGUCAGUUGCUGAUUUGAACUUCCCAUUUUCUUGUUCAUCCAUCGAUUUCAUUCGACGUAGGCUGACUUGGCAAAGCAAACGAUGAAGCGCCGGGGACGGCGUGGCCGCCUUCCGAGGCCACAUGCCGGCGCGUUAGCAGUAUCAGCAGCUGGCGAUAUGCCUCUUGGAACCUGUGGUGGCACAGCAGUACUAGGAAUGCCACUCUUCCUCGGCGUAUUAAACCUCUUCUGGACCACUUCCCCCUCCCCCUCCACCCUCGUCUCCGGCAAAGCCGUCAUCCGAGCGGUUUCGGAAGGACCACUGUUUCACAAGCAGGGGUUGCCUACUUCUCUGACCAAAAAGUUCCGGCAUAUUUUCUCCCACAAUAAAGCGGCCCAACAGUCCUCCAUCGCCGUCUCUUUUCCCGAAGAAUCCGAGCUUCUCAACCUCCACCCGACCUUCGACUACACCGUGGAUCAAAAACACACAGGUCCGGAGGGGAUGAUUUUACUGCAGAAGGAGAAGUAUCAAAUGUACUUAAAAAUGUCUGGGUCUGGAAGAGUCAUGCUGUUUUUGCAUUACACAGAAGGUCUGGCAUGGAAGCUCUAGCAUCACAGGUUUCGAAAAGCUUCCGCAAUGCCGAAUCCGCAUGACAAAUCCCCCACUUUGGUGACAGAAAGUGCAAGUGGGCAGCUUUUGCUACCUAUGCAUCAGAGAUUUUUAUUUUUCUGUGUGCUGAAAUGCGCAAGCGCAUCACAAGUUUGUAUUCUUCCAGACCCAGACAUUUUUGCAUUUGAUAUGAAGCAGGCACACAAGGAGAGAACGUUUCUCCCACUGCCCCAGGAACUUGUGCAUUGCAAGAAAAGCAUCGUACUAGUAUGUAAAAAUCGCAUUAAGUAUGACAAGCGAAAUUUGUCGUGCUGGUUUAGCUUGGAAUACCGACUUGUAAUGCAUGACUGAGACUACUACGAGUGCGAUACUUUUGCAUAGGAUAGAACUUCAUCAACAGCAACUCAUCCAGUUGGAGAGGAGGGAGCAGACGAGGAGCGAGUUUUUGAAAAAUCUCCAACGAAAAGCAAAGGUGGAUUUCGACAUAGAAGAAGAGGAUAACGCGGCUUCUGUCAACGAGAAACUCCGAGCAUUAGGCGUGGAGGGGAACGACGAAAUCGCGGACAUGGUGCACGAGUCCUUGAUCCUGUUGAAAAAUGACAAAAUGAGGAAGAUGCAGAAGAGGAGGGGAAGAUUAGCGAGGCAAGCACCAGGAACAAGUAGUACGGGAGCAGCAACAACGACUUCUUCAGGAUCCCUAACCACCACAACUGCCGCUCAAUCCUCCACUUCACCCAACGUUGACAGCAAAACUGUUACCCUCGCUUCGCAGGUUCCCCAAUACGAGGCAGACAAAAUGGCGUUUGAAGGGUGGGUCCCGCGGGAGGACAUGCCGAAUAAUUCCCAGUUUUGCGAAGGGGAUUUGUUACGGCACCACAACGGCACGCUCGCGUUCUUCCACCGGUCCGAGCAGUCCUGCCUCGCGGCGCUCCGCUACAAGGGCGGGCCGAACGCGUGUGAGUUUGAUCUGGAAACCGCUAUGUAUUGCAAAAAUGUCUGGGUCUGGAAGAUUGCAACUCGUCAUGGUAAAUCUGAAGCAUGCAAAAAUCUGUGUUGCAUGAGUGCCAAAAGCUGUACACUUUUGACCAAGUUGGAAGGGAGUUUUUCAUGCAGGAUAGGCAUGGCAGAGACUUCACAGAGUCUGUCAUGCCGAAUCCCGCACUGCAGACCUCAAGGGUCAUGGAAAAUUUGCAUGACAAGUCUACACUUUUCCUGACCCAGACAUUUUUGCAUUUGAUAGCCGCCCAGUGCCGACCGAAGCUGGACUCCUGCAACUCCGCCCCGGAAGCAAACCCAGAUGGGACGAAGUUUGUGGACACGUACUGUAACCUCUGGGCGCACUGCGAGUUUGACGACGUGAACGACCAGUGCGUAACGGCGAGCGCGUUUGUGGUCGAGUCCAUGGAGAUGCAGGCGAGUGCGUACAACGGGGCGGGAGUGGCGAUCCGGGAUACGGUCCGGCAGUUGCUGGGAUUGCCGCCGUAUUCUGUGCAAAAGUAUCGUACUCGUAGUAAUCGCAGUCGUGCAUUACAAAUCUUUUGAUUAAGGCAAAUCCGCAUUACAAAUUCUUUUUCUAAUGCUGGGAAAAUUUGUAAUGCGAUUUCUACUAGUACGAUGCUUUUGCAUUUCAUACGCCGUUUGGAGUGGAGUUGGGACCGGGGGGAGUCAGGUUAAUGUUCAACAACGAGGACAAGAGCGCGGAUGUUAACUUGCCGACGCGGUAGAGCAACGAAGGAUGAUGCUAUUUGGUGGGGAAAAGCAAAAGGGGUGGAGUAGCGAAGAAAGACAGAGGCACUGUGCAUAUAGAAGAGAUUACAAGAAAACGUGAUAUUUACAUUUUUUUGAAGAAAACCACAAGGAAGUUGAGAAGUAGAAUACAGCGCAUCUCAUUCCUAGUUUCGAGCUUAGUCCGAACUAAAUGCAUGCUGAUUAUACUCGUGAUUGAUUUGGGCAAUCUUCUCAGUCGUCGUGAGAAGUGUGGUAAUGUCUCUAGUUUAUUUUUUGUUUUUCAAAAUGCUUUGCAAAAUCUAGCGACACUCCCUCGUCAAACGAGGAAGUCAAGGAAAGUGAAAGAACAGUAAAAAUAUUAUAAAUACAACGAGUAGAAGAAACAGUAACAGCAUGCUGUACUACCUGUAUCAGAAAUGUCUUCGUCUUGUACACUAAAGCAAAAGCACAACAGAUGUACACCAACAUACAGGAACAAACUAGCAGUGCGCAAUGCUUUUAGACAACGGCGCCUUGGUGCUAGUCUCGUGGC